AUGUUUGAUUCCAUCAUAGCAGAUUUAUACAAUAUCAUUGAGGAGAAGUGUCAGGGUAUGUCAUGUUACUAUUGUAAAAAGAAGAAAUCAAACAGUGAAUGCAAUCAGGCCUGGUCUGUGUGUGCUGCCUCUCAACAGGCUUGUCAGACUGUGGUUGAGAAGGACAAAAUCACAAAAGGAUGUGUUGCUCCCGACAAAUGUUCACCUGGAACAAAGGGCAAGAAAACCACGUACUGUUGCUAUGGUCACCUCUGUAACGAGCCUGGAGACACAGCCUAUUAUGACCCGCCAACUUGUGAUAUCCUGGUCACCAGCCAGACCAUUAUUACCCUCCUCACCAAAGUCGUCGAGGCUUCCAACGCAUACUCCACAAUCUUCUGCAGUAAUGUUUUGCUGACAGUUCAGGAGUUGACGAACAUAUCGAGUACCUGUUCCGUACUAACAGGGGAUAGAAUCAGCAUGCUACAGAGUCGGCUGAUAACAGCUGAGGAGUCUAUGUGUACUAUACAGGUGGUUUGUGAGAAACAGCUGGUGUUGGAAGCUAUAGCUGCCUUUAAUGCAACCACCCGUUCCUCAGCUCAUGCUGAACUGGUCUGCACAGAAUAUCAAAAGACGAUGCAGAUCCUGUUUACCCAGUGGAGUACAUGUGGAGCUAGUGAGAUAGCAGAGAUGCAGAUUGUACUUGACAGUGUUACAGCAACAGUAGACCUCACCUGUCAACUGAUGCCUGAAAUAGAGUAUACACCGCCCUCUGAGGUGAUACGUAUUGUGGAAGGUGGAGAUGCCAGGAUAAUUGAAUUUGUCCUGAAAGAAGAUCCUGCUACUAAGUGCAAUAAGAAUUCAUGUCAUGUGGGGACUACAGUACCUGCAGGAUCAUGUGGAUACAACUUCUCGUCAAACAACUGGGACACCAAGAUCAGUGUUCCGUUCCUAGCCGUUAGUGACGGUCUGUAUGAUGGGGAGCAUACCGUCGACGUGGAGGUGACCGCUACUAAAUAUGAAGAUGGCAUUUCUGUGCUGGUCAGGAAGAUUGCCACUUAUCAUUUUUUGGUGAUAGACGGGGACAAGAAAGGGUCUGUUUGCACCUCAGUCAAUGAUCCACACAUGAGAACCUUCGACAAGUUAUAUUAUGAUAACUUUUUCCAAGGCGAGUUUAUCCUGUAUAAACACACUACACUACCAUAUGAGGUGCGUGUGAUAUUCAAGAAAUGUCGCAAGGCCUCCUGUAACUGUGCUCUGAUGGUCAGAUCUGGUGAUGAUUUCUUUUCUGUUGAUAAGUGUUCGUCAUCUAAUUUCAAAAUAAGUAUGCACUUCACCAACAGUCUGACUGUAGGGACGGAGAUGUACAUUAUUCCAAAUGGCGAGAGAUUCCAACAAGUUAAGAUAACACUGCCAUCUGGAACUGAGGUUGUGGCUCAGCUGUUACGUAAGCUUAUCAAUGUCCGGAUCCACCCGUCCGCAAGUGAUCGGGGACGUACAGAAGGUCUGUGUGGUAACUAUGAUGGUGAUGCAACCAACGACCUCUUGAUGCCAGAUGGAAGUCAGGCCCAAGCGGAUCCUAAAUUCCUUCGAGCAAACAGGCCCAGGAAAGUUGGGAAAUUUUUCCCCAACACCUUCAGUAGGGCAUGGCAGAUAAGAGACAAUUAUUGGUUCUACAAGAAGUUCACAGCUUCAAUCCUACCUUUCCCAGAAGAAAACGCAGUGUAUUGUACUUGCCCAGCUUCUGCAUCUGGUACUGCUGAGCCUUGUCAGUCUAUUCGUCUGGCCAAGACAUGCCCACUCCUCGUCCCUGGGAUUGACUUAAUAGCUAAGGCCAGAAGCUUGAUCACAGACACCUCUGAGGAAGCUCUGAAUCAGGUAGAGGCUCGGAGGCGUCGCAGGCAGACAACUGGAACUGGUCUGGCAGAAAUUGGAGCAAAUGAGGAUGAAGAAGUGCCGGCAGCAUCGUGGCCAGCUGGAACUUGGACAGAGGCUAUGGCUCAAGCUCAUUGUGAGGCCCUGCUGACGAACUCAGGUCUGGGUCAGAGUUGUGCUGGUGUGGAUACUGCUGCUGGGGAGGAUGUGGAAUCUUGUAUGGCUGAUAUCCAGCGGAGUGAAGGUACAGAGUUCGACGAAUCUAGUACAACAAAUCAGAUGGGACGAUGUGUCAACGAACUCCAGAAGGAUCCCACUUUCAACACUGACCCUGCUGCCCAAGCCGUGGCCACUGGUAUCUUAGACCAGACUUGUGAGGAAAACUGUCACGAUAAUGGAGACUGCCAAGCAGGGGUGUGUCGAUGUUAUAAUGGAUUUAUGGGUACAAGUUGUUCAGUGUCAGAAGGAGAGCCACCUGUAGUUACAAGUCUAGAACAGAACACUUGUAACACCAGGACAGGGGCAGCUUGCAACAGUGUGGCCGUGGAAGGAGAGAAGUUUGUGGACCUACCAACUCUUACAUGUCAUUUCCAAACUGUAGAGAUGAUUUCUGGCGUCUUCUUAAAGUCCAGCACGGAGACAACAGCCCUGGCCAAUUUUAUCUCCUUUAAUCUGGUGGAAUGUGAGUUACCGGCUAGUCUCACCCCAGCGGUCCCUGUAAGGGCGGUGUUGGUUUCCGUCAGUAAUGAUGGAGUCACUAAAAGCUCGGGUGACAACUACUUCAUCGGCUAUAACUCACUUUGCUAUAGCUGUGGUGCCUCAAGCUGUCAGACAACGCUGACUGGUUGUGUGAUUGACUCCCAAUGUUACACCCUUGGGGAUGUGAGUUCAGCCAACCCAUGUCACUUCUGCGACCCUGUCACCUCGGUCACUGAUUGGACUGUCAAAUUAGCUAACUAUUGUCCUAAUGCGACUACGACUACACCAACCACAACCACGACUACAACUACUACCAUACCAACCACCCAGCCUCUCGCGCGCCAAGAUGCAUCUGUUGUACAAGCGGAAUCGAUCACGCCGAUCAUCAUCACUGGUGUUGUUGCUGGCGUGGCCUUACUUGCUCUGAUUGUGACAGCUAGUGCGUUUGUCAUCUAUAGAAAAAGGAAUGGGAUACUCAAAGACAUGAGGUUAAGAGAAAGUGACUCAGAGUCCUCUGGUGGCAGCGGUACUAGAGGUUGGAGUAAACACCGACAUAAUCAGGAUUUAUACUACGAUAACUCGGCCUACAACUAUCAUUUGGGAUACAAGGAUCCACAAUCGGCCUUUGCUAACAACAUGCCGAAACGAAGUAGCCAAAUGGCGAGACGUGAUCCAACCUACAGCUAUAGUUAAACAUAAAUAGCUGUCCUCUUAUCACAAUAAUCAUCAUGUCAUGCAAAUUCCAAUGUAUGACUUCAGAAAGUUUAUAUCUACAAUUGUGUAUAUGUCUGUAGAGGGCAGCUUUUCGCAUCUCUUUUGCUUGGUUAAGUGGGGGAAUAAUAAUAAAGCUAUUCCUUUCACCAAUAUUAAUGCCUAUUUUACCAAGAUUUAUAUAAUCAUAAAAUCUACCUGAAAUGGAAGCUGACAAUCUCAUUAUUUCAGUAUUGAGAGAUUUUAGGUAAAGAAAUGUCUAUGUGCCUUUUGUAGCCAGUUUCAGUAUAACCAAUAAUUUCAAACAAUUGAAAAAAAAAAUAUUGAUUUGUUAUGACCUUGUAAAAUAUUUUAAUAUAAUCAUACUGUGACUUACUAGUGCAACAAAUGUGUAUGACAUUCCUAAUAUAUAUAAUAUUACAUUCCUAAAAUAAACGAUAAUAUAUUUGAUAAACUGAUUACCACUAAACAAGAAAAUGAAAAUAGAUUUAGUGCUAUAUGAUAUUGCAAGUGACAAUGAGACUGUUUCAGUACUAUAUGGCAUUACUAGUGACAUUGAGGACUGUUUCAGUGCUAUAUAUACGACAUUACUAGCGACGACAAAGACUAUUUCAGUACUAUAUGGCAUUACUAGCGACGACAAAGACUAUUUCAGUACUAUAUGGCAUUACUAGCGACGACAAAGACUAUUUCAGUACUAUAUGGCAUUACUAGCAACGACGAAGACUGUUUCAGUACUAUAUGGCAUUACUAGCAACGAUGAAGACUAUUUCAGUACUGUAUGACAUUACUAGUGAUGAUGAAGACUAUUUCAGUGCUAUAUAACAUUACUAGCGACAUUGAGGACUGUUUCAGUGCUAUACGACAUUACUAGCGACGACAAAGACUAUUUCAGUACUGUAUGACAUUACUAGCGACGACAAAGACUAUUUCAGUACUGUAUGACAUUACUAGUGAUGAUGAAGACUGUUUCAGACCAACUUUCAGUGCUAUACGACAUUACUAGCUACGACGAGACUAUUUCAGUACUGUAUGACAUUACUAGUGAUGAUGAAGACUAUUUCAGUACUAUAUGACAUUACUAGUGACAAUUAAGACUGUUUUAAUACUAUAUGACAUUACUAGCGACGACGAAGACUAUUUCAGUACUAUAUGGCAUUACUAGCGACGACGAAGACUAUUCAGUACUAUAUAACAUUACUAGCGACGACGAAGACUGUUUCAGUACUAUAUGUCAUUACUAGCGACGACGAAGACUAUUUCAGUACUAUAUGGCAUUACUAGCGACGACGAAGACUAUUUCAGUACUAUAUGACAUUACUAGCGACGACGAAGACUAUUUCAGUACUAUAUGACAUUACUAGUGAUGAUGAAGACUAUUUCAGUACUAUAUGACAUUACUAGUGAUGAUGAAGACUAUUUCAGUACUAUAUGACAUUACUAGUGACAAUUAAGACUGUUUUAAUACUAUAUGACAUUACUAGCGACGACAAAGACUAUUUCAGUACUGUAUGACAUUACUAGCGAUGAUGAAGACUAUUUCAGUACUAUAUGGCAUUACUAGCGACGACGAAGACUAUUUCAGUACUAUAUGACAUUACUAGCGACGACGAAGACUAUUUCAGUACUAUAUGACAUUACUAGUGAUGAUGAAGACUAUUUCAGUACUAUAUGACAUUACUAGUGAUGAUGAAGACUAUUUCAGUACUAUAUGACAUUACUAGUGACAAUUAAGACUGUUUUAAUACUAUAUGACAUUACUUGCGACGACAAAGACUAUUUCAGUACUGUAUGACAUUACUAGCGAUGAUGAAGACUAUUUCAGUACUAUAUGACAUUACUAGUGACAAUUAAGACUGUUUUAAUACUAUGUGACAUUACUAGCGACGACGAAGACUAUUUCAGUACUAUAUAACAUUACUAGUGAUGAUGAAGACUAUUUCAGUACUAUAUGACAUUACUAGUGACAAUUAAGACUGUUUUAAUACUAUAUGACAUUACUAGCGACGACGAAGACUAUUUCAGUACUAUAUGGCAUUACUAGCGACGACGAAGACUAUUCAGUACUAUAUGGCAUUACUAGCGACGACGAAGACUAUUCAGUACUAUAUGACAUUACUAGUGACAAUUAAGACUAUUUCAGUACUAUAUGACAUUACUAGCGACAUUGAGGACUGUUUCAGUGCUA